CUCCUCCUCUUCGUCUUCAUCUUCUUCGUCGUCAUCGCCGCCAUGGAAACUGAGUCCGAUCGAAGAGUUCAUGUCCUGUUCUUCCCUUUAAUGGCUCACGGCCACAUGUUGCCGACCCUGGACAUGGCCAGGCUCUUCACGGUCAGAGGAGCCAGAGCCACCAUAAUCACCACCCCACACAACGCCCCUCUCUUCCAAAAUUCUUUACAGGGCGACGCCAGAUCGCGAAUCGACCUCCGGUCCAUCGAGUUCCCGACCCUAGAAGUCGGUCUCCCGGAAGGCCUCGAGAACCUCGACAUGGUCACCACGCAGGACAUCCAGCAGAAGUUCUUCAGGGCCAUCUCGAUGCUGUCUGAGCCCCUGGAAGCUCUUGUUCAGGAAUUGGCCCCAGACGCGCUGGUCGCCGACAUAUUCUUUCCGUUCGCGAACGAGGUUGCGGCCGGGCAUGGCAUCCCGAGGCUGGCCUUCCACGGGACGAGCUUCUUCUCCAUGUGUGCGGCCGAGAGCGUGAAGAGGCACAGGCCUCACGAGAAGGUCUCAUCUGACGACGAGCCGUUUUGCUUGCCCGGUCUUCCGGACGAGAUCACGAUGACGAGGUCUCAGCUCCCGGAUGAGCUGAAGGUCAGCGUCCAGACUGAUUUCACCAGGUUGCUGAAGCGAUCUUAUGAAGCUGUGGAUCGAUGUUUUGGGAUGAUAGUGAAUAGCUUCUAUGAGCUUGAGCCGAGUUAUGUAGAUAACUACAGGAAUGCUCUCGGCAAGAGAGCUUGGCACAUCGGACCUGUUUCGUUGUGCAAUAGGAACUUGCAAGAGAAGGCACAGAGGGGAGGGAAGGAAGCAUCUAUCGACGGGCACGAGUGCCUCAAGUGGCUCGACUCGAGAGGGCCCAGCUCGGUCGUCUACGUCUGCUUCGGGACAACGUCCAAGUUCUCGGAUGCGCAACUGCGAGAGAUCGCCAUGGGAUUGGAGGCCUCUGGCCAGGACUUCGUCUGGGUUGUGAGCAGAGACAAAAAAGAAGAGAAAGGAAAUGAGGACGAAGGGCAGGACGAUUGGCUGCCCGAAGGGUUCGAGAAGAGGAUGCGAGGCAAAGGGCUGAUCAUUCGGGGAUGGGCCCCGCAAGUCCUGAUCCUCGAUCACCGGAGCGUCGGGGGCUUCGUGACGCACUGCGGGUGGAACUCGGUGCUCGAGGGGAUCAGCGCGGGGCUCCCGAUGGUGACGUGGCCCAUCUUCGCCGAGCAGUUCUACAACGAGAAGCUGGUGACCGAGGUCUUGAAAAUCGGGGUUGGGGUCGGGGCCCGGCGGUGGGCUAGGUUAGUGGGAGACUUCACGAGGAAGGAGGCGGUGGAGAGGGCGGUGAAGGAGAUAAUGGUGGGGGAGAGGGCAGGGGAGAUCAGAGGCAGAGCAAGGAGCUUUGGGGUUAUGGCCAAAAGGGCGGUUGAAGAAGGGGGUUCUUCAUACGAUGAUUUGGGGGCUUUGAUAGAAGAAUUGAGGACAUAUGGCUCAGGCUGAAGAACUAUGGUUUUGUGAGGAAUAAUGAAUGUGAUGACAUUGUGGUGCGUUUGAGGAACCAGAGUGCAUACUAUUAGGGUUUGGUGAUGAUUUCAAUGGUCAUUUUAUAUAUUACUAA